AGACCUGCCAAUGUACCCUGUAGGCAGGGGAGAGCAGGGCCCUGCUGCACCCAAGUCCUGGUUGCUCCUCCCCACCACACUGGCCCUCCAUGGAAGCCUUGGUCUGUGCAUCUUCUGAGCUGCACAUAAGAGAAGGUGCCGUGCUGUGGGGAGGAGUGGCAGGAAGAGAGAGAGGCUUCUGUCCCCACCUGGGCCCAAAGCCGAGCGGUGGCCUCAGGGACAUGUAUGCUUGGGAGAGGGGAGUGGCCACUGGGCCAGGCCGUGAGCCCCUGGGCUGGUCACUUUCUCUCAAACCCACUGUGCAAUUUCUCUGGGGGGACCAGAAUACUCUUCCUAGGGUAGCGGGCAGAACAGGGUAGUAGAAAGGACUUGAGGUCCAGAAAGCACUCUCAGCACCAAGGCCCCAGGCUUCCCAGGCCUCCCUGUUGGUUGGGAGUGGGAAGAGGAGUCAUGUCUUGGGCAUGGGCAGGGGAGGCAGUGGACUGAGCCUAUUUGACACACAGGUAAACUGAGGCCAGGCUGGCUGGGGGUGUAGCCCAUCAUGUGAGCUGGUCUCAGAGGCAUGUGACAGCACCCUCCCCUCAUGGCUGCUGUGGGGGCUGGCCACCACCCUCCUGCUGUCUCCUCUGCAGAUGCAGUGAGCCAGGCCCAAGGACGCCCCGGCCACCCCGACAUACCCCCCAACAUCUACGAGGGGGGCCUGGGGUCCCCGCAGCCACAGUGCCCCAGUACCCAGGGAAGCAAGCCCAAGAACUUCCGGCUGCGCCACCUGCGGGGCCUGGGCCUCUACCUGGAGAGCCACCCGCCGCCCACUGGCCAGUGUGAGAGCCACUGGCUGGGCCGGCUUAUGACUGGGGAGUGCCCGCCACAGCCUGAGGGCACAGCCUGGGCCCUGGACCUGCCACAGGGGACUCUGGGCCCAGGUAACAGCCUCUGCUCAGCUCUUCUGGAAGCCCGAUUGCCCAGGGACAGCCUGGGAAGCAGUGCUUCCAGUUCCAGCAUGGACCCAGACAAGGGUGCCCUCCCCCAGCCUGGUCCUUCUGAGGGCUUGGGGCUCAGGCCCAAGAGGUCCUGGGGGACCUGGGAAGAGGCCAUGUGUCCCUUGUGCAAGAGAACCCGCUCUGGGGCCCUGGAGAGGCCAUAGGGAUCCCAAGUGCCAGGACUGGGGACAGGAGGGGAAGGAUGGCCGAGGAGGCAGCCUGAGCAGGAGGGGCUCAGCCCCCGGCAGUAGCCCUGCCACAUGGGGCGGCCCAGGCAGCGGCCCAGUGCCCAGGCCUGGGCCUCGGGAGAAUGUGAUGGGGAGAGGGAGGAGGAGGAGGUCCCGAGGGAGGGGCAGAAGCAAUAGAAGCAUGGCCAUGCCCUUGCAGCCCGCUCAGACUCCAGUCAGCCACUUGUACCUGGGAGGCCAGGCUGAGUGGAGAAUCAGGCCCCCCCCCCCUCCACCUCCCCGAGAGGCCGGGGAGCCCACAGGUCUGAUCUCAAUAAAAGCCAAGGCCUGCACGUUCUUGUUCAUCUGCCUGUCUGUCAUCAGGCCAGUUUGGUGAGAAAAGCAGUCCUGUGUCUCUCCAGGGAUGGGUCUGCCGCGCCCCCACCCUUAGUUGUCAGGGCAUGAGAGGCGUGAGCUAGGGCAAGUGCCUGUGGGAACACCAAGGAAGUAGUCUGUGAGGGCUUCGUGGAUGAGACACUGCUGAGCUUGGCUCCACAGGGUGGGUAGGGGCUCAGCAGCCCACCUUUUGAGCCACCAUGCCCAGCUAAUUUUC